AUACUCGUGUGUCUGAUUCCAGGGGAGAACUCUGAGGCUGGAUCCCCCACCGGCUUAGGGGAGGUGAAAAGAGAGCUCCUCAUGGAAGUGGUGGGAAACUGCUCCUAUAAGGUCAUCAACCACUUGGACCACCUGUACAAACCAAAGCCCAUAAAGGAGAUGCUCAGUUCUGGGAAGGAGAUGGUUGGUAAGGAGAUGGAGUACAGUGACCUGAGCAGGACCUGUGAGCGCUUUGUCACGGAUCUGAGAUACGGCAAGGCCCGCAGCCGGCAGUUUCGUGCAGAGCCCAAGCCUGGAGACCUGAUUGAGAUUUCCCGCAUCGGCUCCUCGCACUGGGCCCUCUAUGUGGGCGAUGGUGAUGUGAUCCACCUGGCUCCCCCAGGGGAGAACUCUGAGGCUGGCGCCCCCACCGGCUUAGGGGAGGUGAAAAGGCAGCUCCUGGUGGAAGUGGUGGGAAACUGCUCCUAUAAGGUCAACAACCACUUGGACCACCUGUACAAACCACGGCCCAUAAAGGAGAUGCUCAGAUCUGGGAAGGAGAUGGUUGGUCAGGAGAUGGAGUACAGUGACCUGAGCAGGAACUGUGAGCGCUUGGUCACCGAUCUGAGAUACGGCAAGGCCCGCAGCCGGCAGUUUCGUGAAGAGCCCGAGCCUGGAGACCUGAUUGAGAUUUCCCGCACUGGCUCCUCGCACUGGGUCCUCUAUAUGGGCGAUGGUGAUGUGAUCCACCUGGCUCCCCCAGGGGAGAACUCUGAGGCUGGCGCCCCCACCGGCUUAGGGGUGGUGAAAAAGGAGCUCCUGGUGGAAGUGGUGGGAAACUGCUCGUUUAAGGUCAACAACUACUUGGACCAUCUGUACAAACCAUGGCCCAUAAAGAAGAUCAUCGAAUUUGGGAACUGGUUGGUUGGUAAGAACAUGAAGCACCCGGAUCAGAGCAGGAACUGUGAGCACUUUGUUACGGAUCUGAGAUAUGGCAAUGCCCAUGACCUGCAGUUGGUUAAAGAUCCCAGACCUGGAGACAUAAUUGAGAUCUCUCACAGGCUCAACCGUGACUGGGCGCUCUAUGUGGGCGAUGGUUAUGUGAUCCAUCUGACUGCUCCAGGUGAAUCGCGCAGUAUUGGGCCCUUCAACAUGCCUAUGUUUCUGAGUGGCAGGGCUGAGGUCACAAAAGAGCCUCUGCAGAAGGCGGCUGGCGGCCGUCCCUACAAGGUCAACAACCACUUGGACCAUAAGCACAGACCCCGGCCUGUGCAUGAGAUCAUCACGUCUGCCAAGGAGAUGAUUGGUAACCAGAAGACUUACUCAGUUCUCCGCGAAAAUAGCGAACGUUUUGUCGCUGAUCUGAGAUAUGGCUGGCCCCGCCGUGAGUUGUCAAGCGAGGACCCAAUACCUGGAGACCUGAUUCAAAUUGGAGAUGUUUACAAGCAUUGGGCAAUCUAUGUGGGAGACGGUUUUGUGAUUCAUGUGAAAUCAGGUGUGUCCUCCGGGUCUAGCUCUUCCAACCUUGAACAUGGCUAUGUAGUAUUACAAGACAUGGUGAAAUGUGAACCUCUGGAAGAAGUGGCAGGGGAUAACACGUACAAGGUCAACAACUUCUUGGAUGACAAGUACAGACCCCGGCCUCUGCAUGAUAUUGUCAAUUUGGCGAAGAAGAAAAUUGGUGAAACCUGGAAUGACAAUUUUUAUUUCCCAACUGUGAGCACUUUGUCGCUAAACUGAGAAAUGGCCGCCCUGCAGCCAACAGGCCUGUGGCCAAUCAGGCAGCAUUUCUUGUCCCAGUCUACAGAGGAGGAGCCCAGGCUCAGAGGAGAACAUGGUUCCCGAGCUCAUCAGCAUAGCUUCCGUGACCCCGCAGCCGCCUGCCACCAGGAUGCACUAGGGUCCUCUCGUCCCUAGUUCCGCAGCAGCACCGCCCCUCGCCCUAUGUGCUCUCAGCUGCCUGGAUCCCUUCCAAAUACGGAGCUGCCUGUGAAUAGCAGACACCUAAGCUCAAAUCCCAAACCAGCUUCCAGUCCACUGAGGGCUUUGGACAGGUCACUGCCCCUUUCCGGGCCUUCCUUGUGUGCAGAAUGAAGGGUCAGAAGGAGGACCUGUGAGGGAGGGCCUGGCUGGCUCUGAGCAUACGCAGUCCUUUACCUCUGAGCUCGGCUCUGAAGGCAGAUCCUGAAAGGUCCUGUGGGGUGUCAGGGAGAGUCUGGAAUGAGCCCGGGUCCAAUAGGAUCACCUUCCCCCCAGAGGGCCUCCAGGGCCAGAGCUGCUCAAAUGUGAGCUCUUGGGGACACAGUCCACUUCUUUCCUGGGAAAAGGUCUCUGGGGUGGACAGAAGUCAUGUGUCUCUGUGUGACUCGAGAGGGAGGGACCAUCAGUCUUGGACUCCUUUUAACUCUGAGCAAUGUACUGUUCUCCU